AUGAGCGCACAGGUUACCUUUGAUACCUACCGCGGCGCUGAGGGCGAUGUCCCGGUCCGCAAGACCGUCACUAGGCAACUUCGCCCUAACGACGUCUUCAUCGAGAUAACGCACUCUGGUGUUUGCGGCACCGACCUUCACUUCAGACACUCCGACAUUACUCUGGGACAUGAGGGUAUCGGACGAGUCAAGGAGGUCGGCUCUGCCGUGACUGGCUACAAGGUCGGCGACGUCGUUGGCUUUGGAUACAUCCGUCAAGUUUGCGGCGACUGCGAGUGGUGCUUGACUGGCUGGGAUCAGUACUGCUCCAAGGCUGUCGCAUACGGCUACACCGACUUCGACACCGGUAGCUUUUCAGAAGGCGCUGUUCUCGACGCCCGCUGCGUCUUCCACAUCCCCGAUGAGAUCGACCCCGCAGACGCUGCUCCUCUGAUGUGCGGUGGUGCCACGGUCUGGACCGUUCUCGACCAAUACGGCAUCAAGCCCACUGACCGAGUUGCCAUCAUGGGUAUUGGCGGCCUCGGCCACCUUGCCAUCAAGAUGGCCGCCGCCAUGGGCUGCCACGUUGUCGUUUUGUCUAGCAGCGAGUCCAAGCGUGAGGAGGCCCUCAAGUUUGGUGCCAAGGAGUUCCAUGUCUUCCGCCAGGGAGAGAAGUUCGAGGGCAAGAUGGAGCCCAUCAACCACCUUCUCCUCUGCGGAAGUGCUGCCGUCGACUAUGAUGCUCUCAUCCCUCUCAUGGCCCCCAACGGCACCAUCUACCCCCUCACCGUUGACUUCAACCCUUCCAAGCUUGUCAUGUUCCACGUCGCUGCCAAGGGUAUCCGCAUCCAAGGCUCGGUCGUCAUUUCCACGAGCGAGAUGCGAAAGAUGCUCCAGUUCUGCGCUCGACACAAGAUCACACCUCAGAUCGAAAAGUUCCCGCUCAACGAGACUGGCAUGAGCGAUGCCAUGCGACGCCUGACUGAUGGCAAGGUGCGAUACCGUGCUGUUCUGGUUGCCCAGAACUAA